AACCACCGCCCCGGGCCACUGCUUCCUCCUUCCUGAUCCACACACACGCGGCCUUGCUAGCUCUCCGGCCGUCCACCAUGGAGAGAGAGGCAGAGGCGCGCCGCCAGCUGCUGCUCCACAGCGUGAGCCUGGACCUGCGCCUCGGCACGGCCACGCACAAGCACGGCGGCGCGCGCGCGGCGUCCCCUGCUACUCCAGCGGCGCUCGACAACGCCGGCAGGGAGGCCUUCGCCUGCAACUACUGCCACCGCAAGUUCUUGAGCUCGCAGGCGCUCGGCGGCCACCAGAACGCGCACAAGCUCGAGCGCACCCUCGCCAAGCGCAGCCGCGACGUCCCCUCCUCUUCCACGGCCGCCCACAGCUGGCUCCACGCCGGCGGCGGGGAGCUCUGGGGGUACUCUGCUUUGGCCGCUGCUCCGGACUCCGCGACGAUGGCGCCACUGAUGGGCAUGGGGAUGGGCUGGGCUGGCACCGCAGCGGCCGCCGGGGAGGCGGUGCCGGAGAUGGACCUGUCGCUCAAGCUCUGACGAGCUAAUGUAGCCAGCACUAGAUUCCACAUUCCAGAAGCAAAUGUGCAUGGACAAUUGAUACGUCUAGCUUGUCAACAAGUGCCCCUAGGUAGCACUGGUGCUUAAUUAGUUGUUACAUGCAUGCACCUGGCGAUUAAUUGAUUAAUUAUUCGGAGUAUAGCUAUGCAGUUGAUUGUUUCAGCUCACCCAUCUAUAUAUACUACUG